UCGGAUUUGACUCACAAAUUUUCAAUUCAUACCAUAUCAAUUUCGAGCCAUAAGUGAUUUCCAAACCAUUGUAAUUUACAAGUUUGGCUUAAUUGUUUAUAAAUCGAGUUAGUUUUUAGCCGCUAUGUAUUGCGAAAUUUCCCGCCAUGUAAUUGCUUACUUCGUACUAUAUGAGCAAAAUCCUUAAAAUAAGAUCCCUUCAAAAACUCUCAAAUGUUGAAUAGAGCCGUAGUCUCUGCAACAACAAUACCAGAGAGAAACUUCUUCCUCAACCUCAUCUCAAAAUCAACAACUUUCACAAAACUCAAACAAAUCCAUGCUCAAAUCAUUCUCAACGCUUUCAAUUCCGACGUUAUUACAAUCACUAAGCUCACUCAAAAACUCUGCGACAUUGGAUACAUUCACCAUGCUAAUCUUCUUGUUUCUUCAUCUCCAACCCCAGAUCUUUUCCUCUACAAUGUCCUCAUUCGUGGGUUUUCUCUCAAUCAUUUGCCAUCUUCUUCUGUUUCUGUUUAUACCCAGUUGCGUCGAAACUCGAUUCUUAGGCCUGAUAAUUUCACCUACGCUUUCGCUGUUUCGGCUUCUGGGUCACUUGGGGAUCAAAGGGUUGGUAUGUUGCUUCAUACUCACUCGAUUAUUGAUGGGUUUGGUGCUGAUUUGUUUGUUGGAUCGGCUGUUUUGAGAAUGUAUCUUAAUUUUUCCAAGAUUGGGUAUGCAUAUAAGAUGUUUGAUAAAAUGUCUAAGAGAGAUACGGUUUUGUGGAAUACUAUGAUUUCUGGGUUGGUUAAGAAUUGUUGUUAUAUUGAUUCGCUUCGGGUUUUUCGUGAUAUGGUUGGUAGUAGUGCUCGAUUUGAUUCUUCUACUUUGUCUGUCAUUCUUCCUGCUGUUGCAGAGUUGCAUGAUUUGAAUGCAGGAAAGGGAAUUCAGUGUUUAGCUUUCAAAGCUGGUUUGAAUUCUCAUGGUUAUGUUAUUACUGGGCUUGUUUCUAUGUAUUCAAAAUGUGGGGAUGUGUGUACUGCCAGAUUGCUGUUUAGUGAGAUGAGGAAACCAGAUUUGGUAUGCUAUAAUGCAUUGAUUUCCGGGUAUACAUGUAAUGGCGAAACGGAUUCUGCAGUAAGUCUUUUUAAAGAACUGCUGAUUUCUGGAGCAAAGGUGAACACUAGCACAAUUGUAGGACUUAUACCAGUUGGGUAUCCUUUUGGCCAUCUAAGUUUGACUACGUCCAUUCAUUGUUUCUGUAUCAAAACUGGGAUGACAGGAAAUUCGUCUGUGUCAACUGCAAUAACUACAGUAUAUAGUAGGCUAAAUGAAAUUGAUAGGGCUAGACAAUUAUUUGAUGAGACCCCUAAGAAAAGUUUGGCGGCUUGGAACGCCAUGAUAUCAGGUUAUACCCAGAAUGGCUUGACUGAAAUGGCAAUAUCAUUAUUUCAGCAAAUGCAAAAGUGUAAUGUUCGUCCAAAUCCUGUUACAGUCACUAGUAUCCUAUCAGCAUGUGCGCAGUUGGGAGCAGUUAGUUUAGGAAAGUGGGUUCAUGAACUGAUUAAUGAGGAAAAGUUAGAAUCAAAUGUAUACAUAUCAACUGCUUUGAUUGAUAUGUAUGCUAAGUGUGGAAGCUUAACCACAGCUCGGGAAUUAUUUGAUGCCUUGCCUGAGAAAAAUGUGGUGUCUUGGAAUGCAAUGAUUUCUGGCUAUGGCCUUCAUGGACUUGGACAUGAAGCAGUGAGUCUCUUUUAUGAAAUGUUGGAGUCAGAAAUUCCUCCCAGUGGAGUAACUUUCCUUUGUGUUUUGUAUGCUUGUAGUCAUGCUGGACUAAUUAGUGAAGGAAAUACAAUUUUUCAUUCUAUGGUUCAUGAUCAUCAUUGUAAACCAGUAGCUGAGCAUUAUGCCUGCAUGGUUGAUCUUUUUGGCAGAGGAGGACAAUUAGACAAGGCUUUAAACUUUAUCGAGAGUAUGCCUAUUAAACCUAGUUCUGUUGAGUGGGGAGCAUUACUAGGUGCGUGCAUGACUCACAAGAAUACAGACAUGGCACGCAUUGCUUCUGACAAUUUGCUCAAGUUAGAUCCUGAAAAUGUGGGGUAUUAUGUAUUACUUUCCAACAUAUAUUCAGCUGAUCGCAACUAUUGUCACGCUGCUUCUGUUCGACAAGUAGCCAAGAAAAGAAGGCUGGCAAAGACACCUGGGUGCACCUUAAUAGAGCUAGGUGACACUCCUCAUGUCUUCACAUGUGGUGAUCGCUCCCACCCACAAACAACUGCAAUAUAUGCGAAGUUGGAAGAGUUAAUGGCAAGAAUGAAGGAGGCUGGGUAUCAGCAUGAGACUUUAACAGCGUUGCAUGAUGUUGAGGAGGAAGAGAAGGAGCUCAUGGUUAAUGUUCAUAGUGAGAAGCUAGCUAUAGCUUUUGGGCUUAUCUCAACUGAGCCAGGAACUGAAAUCAGGAUCUUCAAGAACCUCAGGGUCUGUUUAGACUGUCAUACUGCAACUAAGUUCAUCUCCAAGCUCACAGAUAGAGUUAUUAUAGUUAGAGAUGCUAACAGGUUCCACCAUUUUAAAGAUGGUGUCUGUUCUUGUGGAGACUAUUGGUAAAUUUGAUGCGGCUGUUUGGAUUGUGGCAAUUGAGCUAUGUGGCAUACUCUUUAUAGCUCAAUUAGAAUAAAUCCAGAAUGGCGGUCAUCAUCAGUUUGCAUGUCAGAGUGACUCCUAGACUUCUACCUCCACAUCCUGAGUGCUUUACCUGAGAGAGAGGCGAUCCAAGUAUGUUUCUCGAUCAAUGGGGAACCAUUUGGGGAACUGAUCAAGGAUCCAUGAGACGGCAAACCAUAUCUCACAGAUCACAGAUG